AAUUUUAUUUACACUGUGGAAGAAAAAAUAUUUAUCUGAUGUCUUUAUAACUAUGUUAAUAAUAUUGAUGUACUUUUUACUGUUUGCAUUCAGUUUUAUCCUUAGUAAAUAAACAUUUAAUAGUGGGAGGGAAAAUGUUUCAAAAAUGAUUAGUGAUUAAACAGUUUUGAAAAUAUGUAAUAUUCAAUAUGUUUCAUGAAAAGUUAAAAAAAUCUGUAAAUUCACAAGUGAUUUCUAUGUAUGAGCUAUUACACACUUUCUUAUAAAACUAAUUGCUGACGUAUCCCCCCCCCUUCUCGUUUAUAUUCAAUAUGUUUGCUGAAGAACAAAAGAGGGUUUACUGUGAAAAAAAAAUGUUCUUCACAAAUUGUGUUUACUUAGGAAUGUUUUAAAGUUUUGUUCAAGUUUAUGAUGAAUAAAGUGUUAUUAUAAUAAAUAUUAAAUGACCUUUUUUUUCAAAAUAAUAUUAGAAUAUAAACCUUUGUUUUAGUUACAAGAUGGGUUGAAAGUAAUUUACGAAGAUCUAGAAGAUUCCAUAUGCCAGAAACUGAAGAUCAGCUUCAUAAAAGACACAGAUGCAAAUUUUGCCCAUAUUCCACUGACGUUUCUACUCAUUUGACUGAUCAUGAAUUGAUACAUAUUGGUGUACGCCCUUACAGUUGUUCCAUAUGUGGAAGAGGAUUUACUCAAAAAAGCAAUAUGAAGCAGCAUACAUUGAUACAUUUUAGAGAUAACCAGAAACAAACUUCUUAACCAAGUUAAACCCUUUAAUGCCCAAUUCUACCAAGUAUAUUUUGUAUAUUUAUUAACUUCUAAUAUAUAUACAACUAAUAUAUAAAAGAUAUAUAUUAAUAUAACUAAUAUAACUAAUAUCUGCCCGGCAUUAUAUACACUAUCAUUGAUUGAGUGCCCACAUUUUUAUUAUCGUUUAUACUACUAUAUAAUUAAUGAAUUUUCGCCAUUUCCACCAACUAUAGAAUUUUUGUAGCUCUAGAAAUUAAUUUCACUUGUGAUGAAAAAGAAAAUGUAUUCAUACUUUAAUAUAUUUGAAUUUAAAGAAUUUUAAUUCCACAACUACAAAUAGCAUGAUCUCCCGUGCAUAAAAUGUUUUUUCUUUGCUGUUAUUUUUUACCGCCUUAUUUGAAGUAAUAGUUUUACCAUCUAAAAAUUUUUUGUAUUGACCAGAUUAUUAUCGUAGAAAAACCAUUUUUCGUUCCCAUUGAUAAUACACUUUAAAAAUGGAUAAUUUUCUUUACUUUGAGUAAAUCACAGAUGCCCAUGUUACAUGGCGUGGCACCAAAAGUUAGUUCUUAAGAGUCAGUUGCAGUAAUUGUAUAAACGUUAAAUGAUUUGUUAAAUAAAUUUUUGAAUCUGUGAUUAGGGAAGUAUAGUGUGGAUAAACAUCAAGUUUUUUUAGUUUGUUAAGAAGAGUUUUUUUUCAAUAAAGAUAAUUUAGUGUCUUAGCAUUGUCCUCACCCCUGUCAGUUGCAGUACCUUUGACCAGUUUUCUAACAUAUAAAAAUAUUAUCUCAUGAGUACCUCACCUUUUGUAUACAGUAAAUGUAUAAAGUAAUUGUAUGCCUGAGCAUACUUUCUUUUAUCAAAUUCUGAAAUUGACUUGUACAUUAAAAACUUGUCAUUCUUGAAUGAAAUUUAUAAUGAAAAUUAAAACAGCUGCUAGAGAAAACUUAUGGGGUCAGUGUUGCUUUUGUAUACUAUAGAACAUUACUAUUUCACCUAUAUAUGAUGUAUAUUUUUUCACUCAACAAUCCUAUAUAAUCCGCUCCGUAAAUAUUAAGUUAUAAAUGUGUUUUAACUUUUAUAUGUGUAUAUGUUUCAGUUGUGAAUUUCGAAGGUGAUAGUAUGGUGAGACAAGGCCUUUUCAAGGUUAUAACAAGACACGAAUUCUUUCAUGCCAAGUUUAAGUGUAGCUUGUGUCCAUAUUCCACAAAUGUUAAAACUAAUCUGAAAAAUCAUCAAUUAACUCACAGUGGACUUCGACCUUUCACUUGUUCAACUUGUGGUAAAUGUUUCUCUCAAAAAGGCAAUAUGAAACAACAUGAAAUUACUCACAUUUUUAAUAAAUUUAAUUUUCUUUCAGUUAUCUAUGGAAGUAUGUUCUCUUUUUCUAAACCAAAGAAGGCCAAAAAAGUUCAUCUUUGUCCAUUUUGUAAUUAUUCUACUAUCUAUAUUACUUCAAUGAAGAACCACCAGAAGAAACAUACUGUGGCUUUCUUUGUAGCACCCGAUGAGAAUUUUAGUAAUUACCAACGAAAUAUUUCUAUAAAAGGAGCUGAUGGGAAGAUCUUAAAUAGAAAGAUGCACAAGUGUCCAUAUUGCAACUAUUCAUCAAUGUAUACGACUCAUCUUAAGUAUCACUUAAGUAUGCACACUGGAUAUAGGCCUUAUAAGUGCCCUCAUUGUAGUCGAGGCUUUAUUAGUAAAUCUCACAUGAAGAAACAUAUGGUUGCUGUACAUAAAAACUUAUUUUUCUGAUAAUUUAUGAUUUUAAAUCAAGCGUGUAAGGUAUAAAUAUUUCAAUUUAAAGUGUUUUGUUGAUUUAAUGUUUAAAAUAAUCAUUGUUUUCUGGCUGAAAAACUAUUCCUCCCUUUGUUUAAAACAACACAUCUAUCAAUAAAAAUCAAACUUGUAUAUGUUAUAAUUUUUAUUAAUGUUAUCACAUGAUAUCAUUUGAGUAUGCACACUGAAUAUAGGCUUUAUAAGUGCUCUCAUUUUAUUUUAUAACUGUUGUUGAACAGCCGACCCAACUUUUUGAUUUUUCUGGCUAUUAAUGUUCAACUCUGUAGCUUUGUUAUAUUGAACCCAAUCCAGAAAACAAGGCAACUCAUGGAUCAAGUAUUGGGAGAAAUUUGCCUUCAUGGAGGACUUUGAUGGAACCUGCAUUUGUGUUGCAUGGCGAGGAAAACCUCCCACAGUUAACCUGAGGGCAAGGGGACUCUCACACAUGAUCUGUCUACCACUGACGAUAUUUUUUGUCAGACACUGGUGACUGUGAAUUAGUGCAGAAUUCGUAACGACCAGCCAUUGCUGGGAUUCAAUCCAGAUUCACCUCUUUGGAAGGCAAAUGCUCUAUCCCCGAGUCAUCACAGCUUUAAGUGCCCUCGUUGUUGCCGAGGCUUUAUUAGUUUCACAUAGAGAAACACAUGCUUGCCGUUCAAAAAACUUAUUUUUGCAAUUUUAUUUCAAGCUUGUAAGGUAUGAAUUUUUCAAUUAAAUGUAUUUUGUUGAUUUAUUGUUUAAAAUAAUCAUUGUUUUCUGGCUGAGAAACUAUUCUUCAAUUAUUUAAAAAAUAUUAUACAUAUAAAUAAAUAUUAUAAAUAAAAAUCAAACUUAUAUAUGUUUUUAUUUAUUUAUAUUUUAUUGAGAAAUAAAGUUGAAGUUUAUAAAUACAUAUCAUAAACAUUGGGUUUUAGCUUCUCCAGAACGAUUCUCUUUGCAGUUCUCACUGUUGCCUGAAUAAUACCCAAAUUUUUUUUUAAAAUCCAAAUUAGUGAAAUUCAGUCAUAAAAGUUUUAAAGGCCCUCCAGCUCUUGUACUGAGGUUUCUUUUUGAAUAUCUUGUGUUGGGCUAGUUUCAGUUGGAAACUAAAUGUGAAUUGAAAAUAUCUUUCUUUAUAAGUAUUGUUAUACUUAAAAAAAAUUUUCUUGAAUGCAUGCAUCACUAUUGAUUGAUAGCUUGAAUUUUGUAUUUGUAUCAACCUGGCUUCUAGUCAUUUUUUUAGCAUAAAUAUAUUGUAACUUUUUUUUUUCGUUUUAAGAGAAGUUGACAUUUAUGUAGUUUGUUUCUUUUCUUGUAAAUUAAAACUAAUUUUAUAUGUAUUUUUUAAAUUAUUGACUUAUAUGCUAUUUAAAUUUCUAUCCAAGAACAUGCUAAAGCUUCAUUAUUUCAGUGUUUUCAGAAAUUAUUUUUAAUUUUUGGUUAAUAUAUUUGGUGAAAUAUAUAUUUACUAUUUUUAUGUUAAUGGCAUGGCAUUGGAUCAUUUCUGUUAAGUUUGACUCUGACUGUUCUCGCUUAUAAAAGUUGAUUGAUAUUGGUUGUUCUAGCUUUAAGUUAAGGAUGCCAAUUGAGUUAGACAUUGCAAGUCAAUAAUUUCUACAAUUUUGUUAAUUGUAUUGUAAUAAUACUUAAUAUAUCUUUUUUAGCAAUGUUAUUGACUUGAAAAUAUAUACUUUAAUAUAUUAAUGUUUGACUUGUAAUCUAAAAUGGAAAAUGGCAAGUGUUCCUGUUUCAGCCAUUGUGUAUAAACAAUAAAUUCAGAACUUUUUAUUGUUUCACAAAUCAGUUUCAAGUUAUAUGUUCAUGAAGCUUUUUUUUAGGACGUUGCUAUUAUUAAUUU